AUGAUGAACGUGGCAGAAGGAGACCUAUUCCGCAGCGCCGCCAACAUCAUCUCCGCCAAAGGGAGGGAUGAGUUGGGUUCUCUGGUCAACGACACCUACAUGGAUCUGCCCCAACGCUAUGGCCAGUCCGCCUUCUCCUACAGCGGAGCUGGUGGCCGAGCUGCUGAGGCCAGAGAGGGGUGGACCUCCCCCCGGGGCUGCUGCCCUCCUUACCCGAACCCCAAAGUGGCGGAGAGCAGCGGGGAGCAGACCGGGGAGGAGGAGGAGGAGGACGAGGAGGAAGAAGAAGAAGAUGGGGAGGAGGAGGAGGAAGAAGAAGAAGAGGGAGACAGCGACGGUCGGGCCGCCGAGGGGACCAGGAACCCGGGCAGCGACCAGGAAGGCAGGUCCAGAAGUUCGAGUGGAAAGAGAGCCAAAGAGACCCGGUCCCUGAGGCUCAGCAUCAACGCCCGGGAGAGGAGGCGGAUGCACGACUUAAACGACGCCCUGGACGGCCUGAGGUCGGUGAUCCCUUACGCCCACAGCCCCUCGGUCAGGAAACUGUCCAAAAUCGCCACCCUACUGCUGGCCAAGAACUACAUCCUGAUGCAAGCCCAGGCUCUGGACGAGAUGAGGAGGCUGGUGGCUUACCUGAACCAGGGCCAGGCGCUGUCCGGACCCCUCCCGGCCGCGGCCGCCUUGACCACCAGCCUCGGCUCCUUCGGCCAGUCCACCGUCUACCCCUUCACCGGCACCACCCUGGGCUCGUGCCCCGACAAGUGCGCCGUCUACCCGGGGACACCGUCCAGUCUGUGCAAACACUGCAACGAGAAGCCUUAA